UUCGUUCCCCCUUCCCCCCGAAAUCCCAAAAUUUGACAAGAAAUCUUUCUUUUUUUCCCUCCUUUCUUUUCCCAAAAUUGGUUCCUCCCCCAUCCCCAAAGAAAUCCUAAAAUUUCACUUGAAAUUUCUUCUCUUUUUUUCCCCAUAUUAUUUUUCCCAAACCAUUUCUCCCCUACCCCGAUUCCCUUUAUUUUUUCCCCCAAUUUCCUCAAAUCGGCAGCCCUCUGCAUCUCCGUCGGUAGCCCGCUGCUGUAUCUCUGUCGACAUCUGCUGGAUGAUGCAGGGCGACUUGUACGCACUGAGAGACUAAGAACCAAAGACAUCACCCAUCGAGUGAAAAUGAAGAAUUACUGGCAGGGAGGAGUCUGCCUGGCAUUUGCUGAUGAGGUACUGUGCUGGCUUUACAGAACAGUCAAAGAGAGUAAAAUUCUAAUUUCCAUUUCCACAAGCACAAUCUUGCCCUGAUGCAAUUACUAAUCACGUUGAACAAUCGUAGUCAUCGACAGACUUAUUUUUUAGUGUGUAAUUCAGAUAGUUCAAAUACAGGAUCAAAACAAAGAGGAUGGUUUAUAUUUUUACUAACUUUGAUUUUGCAGAUGAACAUCACACAUGAUAAAGUUCCCCCAAGUUCAGCCUUUGUUUGUAAAGGCAAACCCCCCAACUUGGUAGAUUCAUAAGUUAAAAAAUUGUCCUUUGGUAAUUAGAUUUAAAUAGCUCCCAUUUUAGUGUAUUGAUGAAACUCGCGAGAGGUAGAUGCUAUUUCUGUUGUGCUUUUCUAGAAGCAUUAUUGCUACUAAUACAAGUUCCAAAUAUUAAACUUCAAUGGUUUCUAAAAGUAGGAGUUACUAUUUAAAUUGUUAAGAAUUUUAAUAUUUAAUUAAACUUAAAUUAAAAAAAAAAGAUUGUAUCUUUUUCUGUGGAUCUGCUUUGUCUCCUGAGGAAAAGGUUAGAUUAGAUGAAACCCAUUUUUCUGUUGAGUAGUUAUCUUUUUUUAAUAAUUAUAUCUUUGACUUGCGUAUGUGUUUCAUUGUGCUGAAAGGUAAACUCGUAUACUGAUGAUAUUUUUGCAAGUACUGAAAUUUCUUGUUAAAUGAUUCUUUUUGGUGUUAAAAGUUUCAUGAUUGAUGAAAUUAGUCUUGACAACCAUGGGUGUUGUGAUGGUCCUAAAACUGGCAGAGUCAGGGUAUUGGAUAAUGCACCAAAGCUCUUUGAUUAUUUGGCAGAGGGUUAGUGAAGCACAGGAUAUAACCACAAAAUUAGGUGGACAAGUCAUUGGUCACACAUGGCUUUUAGAAUCAAUUGCAGCAUGACUGAGCAAUGCUUCCUUUACAGGUGUCAACUUUAUUGACAGCAAUGUGGGAAAUAAGAGCUCGUCAGAAAGGGUGGAGAGAAAAGGUCGCCAAAUCUAAUGCGCAGACACAAGAAGAAUGGGUUGCUUCACACUGCUUGCGGGACUCCAAAUUAUGUUGCUCUGGAGGUGCUCAAAGAUAAAGGUUAUGAUGGUACAUCAUCUGAUAUUUGGUCUUGCGGAGUUAUUCUCUUUGUUCUCAUGGCUGGUUAUUUGCCUUUUGAUAAGCCAAGCCUUAUAGGCUUGUAUAAGAAAAUCUGGGAGGCUUCUUUCAGCUGUCCAUCAUGGUUUUCAUCUGGUGCUAGGAAUUUAAUUAAGCGUAUUCUUGAUCCAAACCCUAUUACUCAUAUAACUAUUCUUGAAAUUCUACAAGAUGAAUGGUUCAAGAAAGGGUACAAGCCACCAAAAUUUGAGCAAGAUGAGGAUGUAAAUCUUGAUGAUAAUAUCUUAUAUUUUACAUGGUUAUGAUUUAAGUCCUUAUUUCAUUGAUAUCUUUAUAUUUAA